GGUUCCUAAGGACCCGGUAGUCUGAGGAAGGCUGGUGAGGCGUCAGAGAAACAGAUGGCCUCUGUUGUGCCCUUUGCUCUGCUUUACCCCACCGGUGUUCUCUACCGCAUCAACCAAGCUUAACAUGUAGGAUAUUUAUAACCAGAGUGGAAGUUGUGCUUUAAACCCAGAUCAUGCCUAGGUGUGCAGGAAAACGGUUGCAAAUGUAUGCAGGCUUCAAAGCCCAGCUGGAGAAAUUUUAAGGACUUCUGUAGUCUGUGUGUAUUUGUUCUCUAGCAGCCCCAAUAUACACAGAUCCUCCAGACCAGGAUCCGCCACAUCCGUCACCCAGGAACAGGGACCAGGGUUACGCCAGCUGCAGCACCAACUUGGUUGGAGUGUGCACGGAAAGGAUGUUCUUCUGAGUCUUCAUGUAUAUACUACUAGUUUUGCCAUGAUAAUGUCUCCAUGAAUCAGCAGUGCUCCAGAAAGUCUUUCCCUGCUUGGAACUCCAGGGAAGUACUGGAAUGCAAAGAACUUGAAGAGGGAGCCUGGCCAAACAGAUAUUUUUGAACUUCAGCCUUGCUGAAGCAGAUUUUUUGCACAAACACAAAUCAAAGUUUGAAUGUUCUUAGAAGAAGUAUUUUCAUAACUAAGAAACAUCAAGACUUAAAUCAUAAAUAUUUUGGAACACUCAGAAGAGCAACAUGGGAGAAACUGAGAAAAUUGAAACCCAUAGAAUAAGAGGUCUUUCCAAGUUUAAGAUAUUUCUACUGGCAAUAACAUGUGCGUUUAUAUCCAAAACAUUAUCUGGAUCUUAUAUGAACUCUAUGCUUACACAAAUAGAGAGACAAUUCAACAUCCCGACAUCGCUAGUUGGAUUUAUUAAUGGGAGCUUUGAGAUCGGAAAUCUUUUUUUGAUUAUAUUUGUGAGUUAUUUUGGAACCAAAUUGCAUAGACCUAUAAUGAUUGGUGUCGGAUGUGUGGUUAUGGGCCUAGGGUGUUUCUUAGAGUCUCUACCUCAUUUCCUCAUGGACCGAUACAAAUAUGAAUCUACAGUUUUAGGCAAUUUGUCCUCAAACAGUUUCUUGUGUGCUGAAAAUGGAACCCAGAUUUUCAAACCAACAGAAGAUCCAUCAGAGUGUGUGAAGGAAGUUAAAUCAUUAAUGUGGGUGUAUGUACUAGUAGGAAAUGUGAUACGUGGAAUUGGUGAAACUCCCAUUAUGCCUUUGGGUAUAUCCUACAUCGAAGAUUUUGCCAAAUCUGAAAACUCUCCUUUAUAUAUUGGGUUUGUAGAAACAGGAGCGAUCAUUGGUCCUUUGUUUGGACUUUUGUUGGCAUCGUUCUGUGCAAAAGUAUAUGUUGACAUGGGAUCUGUGAACACAGAUGAUCUGACCAUAACUCCCACUGAUACCCGCUGGGUUGGUGCAUGGUGGCUUGGCCUGUUGAUUUGCGCAGGAGUGAAUGUGCUCACUGCCAUUCCCUUUUUCUUUCUGCCCAAAACGCUUGCCAAGGAAGGAGCAAAGGAUGAUGCCAACACCAUUAAAAAUGACAAAGAAGAGAAACAGAAAGAAGAGGUCAAGAAGGAAAGUGAUCGAAUCACCAAAGAUUUUUUACCAUUCAUGAAAAUUCUUUUUUGCAACCCAAUUUACAUGCUUUUUAUACUAGUAAGUGUGAUACAGUUUAACGCAUUUGUUAAUAUGAUGUUCUUCAUGCCUAAAUAUCUGGAACAGCAAUAUGGAAAAUCAACUUCUGAUGCAGUCUUUCUAAUUGGUGUUUAUAACUUACCUCCGAUAUGCUUUGGAUAUAUAUUUGGAGGUUUAAUUAUGAAAAAGUUCAAGAUUACUGUCAGACGAGCUGCCCACGUAGCCUUUUGGUUGUCUUUAAUAGACUAUUUUCUCUACUUCUUGUGUUUUCUCAUGGUCUGUGAAAAUUCUGCAGUUGCUGGCUUAACCACCUCUUAUAAAGGAAUGCAACAAGGCUCCCACGCUGGAAAUGACAUCCUUGCUGACUGCAACGCAGGUUGCAACUGUCCGACGAAAACGUGGGACCCCGUGUGUGGGAGCGACGGGCUGUCCUAUAUGUCAGCCUGUCUGGCUGGCUGUGAGACGUUCUUUGGAACAGGACUAAAAAUGGUGUUCCAAAACUGUAGCUGCAUUCAAACCUCAGGAAACUCGUCUGCAGUCCUUGGGCUGUGUGCCCGAGGCCCCGACUGUUCCAUGAUGCUCCAGUACUUUUUAAUCUUGUCGUCCAUCAGCAGUUUCAUCUAUUCUUUAUCCGCCAUUCCUGGAUAUAUGGUUCUCCUGAGGUGUAUCAAGCCUGAACAUAAAUCUCUUGGUGUGGGAUUACAUAUGUUUUCCACGAGAGCAUUUGCUGGUAUCCCUGCACCUAUAUAUUUUGGAGCUUUAAUGGACUCCACAUGUUUACACUGGCCAACUUUUAAAUGUGGUGAGUCAGGAGCAUGCAGGAUAUAUAAUUCUACCACCUUCAGAUAUCUCUACCUUGGAUUGCCAAUAACACUAAGAGGAUUAAGCUUUAUUCCAGCCAUUUUGAUCCUAAUUAUUUUGAGGAAAUAUCAGCUACCUGGUGACAAUGACUCUACAGGAACUGUGCCUGUCGAGGCCAAGGUUCCAGGGAAGGAAAAUGAGUGCCAAGAAAUGGACCAAAUUUCCAAAGUUUUGAAUAAUGAUGAAUUGAAAACUAAACUGUAAUGCCUUAUUAUAUCGUGUUUCCCAGAGUUGGAGUGCACACUAUAACUUAAUUGUUUUUAAAAUCAGUAGAGGUACUGCAGCUAACUUUUCCUGAUCUUUAAGAACCUCAAAAAAGAUUUUUGUACUGAAGAUGAAAACAUGUGCUCUCUAAUGGUAUUUCUGGCACACUAAUGGCACUUGCGAUUUUCCUCAAAUGGACAUUUACAACAACCCUCGAAACAGUCUAUUAAAGCCAGCUUUAUUUGUAUGUUGUAAUAGCAAUUUCUCUUUUAACUUAUGUAUAUUUCUGACAUCUCCUUUUCCAAAUGAUUCUAAAAAUUUCCUGUUAUGAAAAUCUAUUUAAUUCUAUUAAAUUUCUGCUUUGAUAUUAGGGUUAUUUAGAGACUGAAAUUCUCAUCCUGUUUAAGUGAAUACUUAGGUAUUUUAUUCAUAUUACUUCCAAGUAAAAGAACCCUAUGUCUUCUUGUUUUAUUUAGAAAUUGUUCUUGAACUCCUCCUAUUUUUUCCACAUGUGACUCUUUGAAAAUCGAUUGCUCAUCAAUGUGCCAUCAUAUGCUUCCAGUUCAUUCCCUGCUUUAUUAUUUGUCAUAUAUUUGUUCAUUUUGGCCAUAGUACUGCCAAACUAAAUCAGGUUAUUAAAAAUUAUCUGGCAAAGAUUGUUGGAAUUUUUUUCAGCAAUUCACACCAGGAGACUCGCUUUAAAACAAGUGUCUGAGCCACAGAAGGAAAGAGUGAUAUUAGAAAAACACUGGUCCUUAGAGGCUGCUGGUGAAGACAUUCUGAAAGAAGCACCACCCCCCGGGUCAGGAGGUCUCCGAGGAUCACUGCCACUCAUGGUGCCGACAUUAACACGCGAGCACCAGUUCUCUGUAAACUGUGUUAGAGAAUGAAGCUUUCUAAAAGUAGCUUCGGUUAUGAAACUGAAAUUAAUAAAAUUCAAGGUACACGUUUGAAACUAAAUCUACUUUAUCAAACAAACAAAC